CGUGAUAGACAAUCAGUUCGUUAUCUAAAGAUCGAUCCAUUAGAGAGACAAUUUACCUACCUACUUGAAAAUUUAAAUGCUGACCUCCCUAGACCAUCCACUUCAAGUAGGCAAAAUACUAUUAUCAAUCGCAUACCUGUGUAGAUAGUUUACUAGCAUCAUAAUAAUUUGCGACUUCGUAAAUUUAUCAAAACAUAAAUUAAUUAGAAACUAAUCCUUUGUUUGUUAAGUGACAAGAAUAAUACCUACUUAAUAGCUAUAAAAUAUUAGGGUUUACCUAUCUACCUCUGACUACGAGUGUUAGCUAUUUGGGUGCAGUUCUGGGUUUGACUCAUAACAAUGAAGUCAUUUCUGGUGAUAAUCAGUAUCAUUUCUGUAUGCUCUGCGGGUCUGGUGGUGCCUCCAGCGAGGUCCGCUGAGGAUGGGGAUCGGUACUUCUACUUCGCUGCCGACGGCGCCAGUGAGCUGGAGGUAGUGGAUAGUCAGGAUCCUGUGGAUGAAGAGUACAUAGCUCAGUACGUGAGGAACCCCGCCAAUAAUCAGUACUGGCUGUUUACCAGGGCUAAUCCCUCGGAUCCCCAGACACUAGUCUUGGAGGAUGACGACAGCGUGCGCCUUUCUAACUUCGACCCGCGCCGGGCCACCGUGGUGCUCGCCCACGGGUGGAACGGACACGGGGGGAACGAAAUGAACCAACUGUUGACUGAAGCAUUCCUGCAUGACGCGGAUGUGAACGUGCUAGUGGUGGACUGGAGCCGACUGGCCAACCGCGGCUACACCACGGCCAAGGCGGGCGUGGCGGAGGUGGGGCGAGGACUGGGCAGGCUCCUGCAGUGGCUCACUCACCACGGCCUGGAGUACGAACACACACACCUGGUCGGCUUCAGUCUUGGCGCGCAUCUGGUUGGCAACGCUGCGAGGGAAACUGGGUCUUUGAUUGGUAGAAUCACAGGGCUGGACCCAGCCGGCCCUCUCUGGGGCUCGGACCGCAACCGCCUCUCCUCAUCCGACGCCGCCUACGUCGAGGUGAUCCACACGAGCUCAGUCCUCGGCUUCACAGACCCACUCGGCCACGCAGACUUCUACCCCAACGGCGGCACUAGCAUGCCUGGCUGCUGGGUCAGCAGCUGCUCGCACUCUAGAGCCUACAUGUACAUGGCUUCGUCGGUGAAGAACCGCCAUCUGAAGGCUAAAGAGUGCGGGAGCUACAGGGACGCUUCGCGGGAUAGGUGCGACGGAGAUCUGUACCCGAUGGGGAACAGCGAUAUGGAUAAAAAUGGAUCGGGAAUCUUCAGGGUGAACACUGGAAGAAACUAUCCUUAUUAGGCAUGCAUGUAUAUAAGCAUUAGGCGUAAAUAAUCACUUAAGUUCAAAUACAUAGAAAUAUAUUUCCCCACA